AUGGUAUACAAAUCAUAUGAAAUGCACAAAUGGGUGAAUUGCCUUUCUUUUUUUACGCCCGGAGCGUCUUUUUGCGCAUGUGUCUCCAGUCUGUUGUUUAAAUUUCUUACGGACCGCUUAAACCCAGGGGGUGGGGACAAAGUGUAAUAUAUUCGGGAUAAAAUCGUCAGACUGAUGAUUGCAUACUUCACAUGUGUGCCUGGUGACCCCUUGCGCAUCAGGUGGACCCCAGAUGCAUUUCCGUUGAGCACCGAUGAUCAAGCAACCUCACACACUCGUAUUUACCUGUGGCAUCCAGAGUUUAACAUAUCACUGCACCUGAAACUCUGGAAGCGCACUGCACACAACGGGACCAAACCGACCUUACCUUCCUGUAAUGCUGGAGUGUAAAACUCAAAAACUGACACUGUGAUACUGCCAAUGUUGCCAUCUAAAACUAUACAUGCAACACUUAAAGUUUUUAAACUAGACUGUUCUGUUGAAUAUAAAAACAAAUAGUGAUUUUAUAGAUUUUCUAUAAAUGAAGUAACACAUAGUACCUCAACAUAAGCCUUUGUACCCAGUAACACACAAAUACACUCAUGCUGACCACCAUGACAUACCGCAUGCCAAACUUCACUCUGGAGCAAAAGCUUUUCCUGCUUCGGAGAAUCCAUGCGGUGGUGGACACAGUCCAGGACUUUCGGAAAGACACCAACACUACUGUGCACCGGAAUGCUGUAUGGGCAGAGCUGGCUCAGGCCUUCAAUUCGGCGUUCCCCAGUCGACCCCCCAGCAGCAUCGGGUCUCUGAAGACGCUGUGGAAACGACUGAAGGUGGAAUGUCGAGUAGCGCUGCAGAAGAGACAGGAACAGCAGGCAGCUGGGCAUCCUGUGUCUGCCCUCACUCAGGUGCAGAGAGAAGUCAUUGCCCUGGUGCCAAACCUGAUCUCCUGUCUGGAGGAGGUAGAUGGAGAUGGGAGCUAUGCCUCAGUUAGGAGCGGCUCACCUGGAGCAGUGAUGGGUCUUUCAGGCUCUAAUGGGAGUGAGCAUGAAGAUGCUGACCACAGUCAAAAUGAUGAAGUAGACAGCAAGGAGAACUUAGCCAUUGAACUUGGUUUGGCUUCACCUUCUCACCUACUUUUCAACUCUGGGAUUCCUCCUGGCACUGUGUCCUCUCCUCUCUGCUCACAAUCAGUCUCUUCCAGGUCCAGUCGUCCCUCCCUCAUCUACCCAACCCACGCAGGAAGCACCUCAGGGCUGGCACCAGGGACUAGGGGUGAAAACUUUGAGAUCAUACACAGAGAGCCUGCGGUGCCACGUGCUCCUGCCAGAGGAUCAGUUGAGAAUUCAUUGCCGCCGACGGACUCUUAUACCUCAGACUCAAAAUGGGAGUCACGUCGACAGGAACUGUUUGAGCUGGAGCAUCAGCAGAAGAUGAGUCUGUUACUGCUGCAGCAGUGUGUGUGGGAGGAGAAGAGGAAAGCAGUGAGACAGAAAGAGAAGGCGGCACGGGCCAAGAAGAGAUAUUAUCAAGCCAAACUACGGAAGAUGGGCGCGGAUUAUCUGCCCUCCAGUAGCGACAGCGAGGAAAACGAACAUCCACAGACAUGAACACAGAUGUUUAUGACAUCUUAGCUAUUUUUACUUUCAUUUGGAAAGUCAUUUUUUUUUAUUCGAUCAAUGUUGUUUAUUUACAAAACAAUAUAUUUUUUAAACUUAAUUGGUGUUUAGGUAUGUACCAUGUGUAUCAUAUGGAGGGGGGAUUCACUCAUGCAGGCUUCGUUCCAUUGGCAGAUAGAAAUCUCAUCUCCUUUUAUCCUCUCUCUCAUCAACACGGGUGCUGCAUUCCAUUCAGUCAAAAGUAGGAUAUUUCUACUUAAAGGGACCAAAAUUCCCAAAUUGAAAAAUUCAUCAUUUACUGACCGUAUGAGACUUGCUUUCUUGUUUUGAACACAAAAUAAUAUAUUUCAAAAAGAGUAUAGUUUGUCCUUAAAAUUAAAGUAAAUCAGGUCCUGUGUUAUUUUGGACCCCAUUGACUUUCACUGUAUGGACAAAAAUAAUUUUUGAUUAUAAAAAAAGACACAUCCAUCAAAAAAAUACAUUCUGUGUGAACGGCCCUAAACCCUCACAUGAUCAGGCCAGAAUUGAGCAGCGAUAUUCAGUCCUGCUUGAUGGGAAGAGGAAAUGAAUUGAAAUGAGAUUUCUAAUGUUACUGUAUAGCAUUUUAAUUUGAUGAUUGUAUCAGGAUCAAACCAAGGAUGGAUUAAUGUCCUGCAAGGCCCCCUUUUGAUGCAAUUGUGAUUCAUAAUGUCUAAAUAGCAGGAAAUUAUUCUGCAAUUAUGAGGAAAAGUCCAUUUAUAAAAGUGCAAUUGCAAGAAAGCUAUUGUCAGACCAGAAUCCUUCCUUGGGUUUAACCGUUUUAGGACAGUGUUUUCAGGACCAACCAUUUGAUUCAGUUUACUGUAGCUGAUUUAUACUAUGCAGGUUUUUUUCAGGUAAACAAGUGCUUCUCAUAAACUUUCUACUCAUGGACUGGUUGAAUUUAGUGUUGUUCACUUGUCUUAAACAGUGUUUGGCAGAUCCCUCUGUCCUUUUCAAGUUAUGAAAAAGCAUAAUUAAAGGUGUAGUUCAACCCCCCAUCCCUAUAAAUUGACGCUUUGAUUUUUGGAUGAACUGUCCCUUUAAGAAGUGUUACAAUAGUAGCCUGGAAAUGGAGUGUGUAAAUCAGUGAAACAAAAUGAGAACUAGUGGAAAAGCAGAUUCGAAAUUUAAAUGUAGAUGUAAUUUAAUUUGAUUCGAUUGAAAUUUGACGUGUAAUGUGACGAACAAGUACAGAAGCAUGGUAGUGUUAACUCUUUUAUUGACGCCCAUCGGGUCUCGUUUUCAACUCCCAUUGGUAGCAGAUUUUUUUUUUCUGAUAACCCCCCAUCAGUAAAAGCAAUACAACAUGUCCUGUAAUAAACAUGUUGAGCCAUUAUACAUUCCCCUUUUCUCUCUUCCACCCAGUCAUUGUCUUCCACUGCUCUCUCUCUCUCUCUCUCUGAUGGACAGAGGACAUUUCUUUUCCCAGAAAGCAUUGUGAACAGAAGAGGAGGGGGACAUAUUAGACAGAACAUAUACAAAAAAUUCACACAUAAAACAUUUGAAACGGAUGAAAUCU